CCAAUGGUACAGAGUGAGUCAGAGCACACUUGUUUCUCGCACAUUUCUCACAUAACAAACGGGAGUGUAGCGCCGAGGGCUGCCUGCUCUCUCCGGACAUGACAGUUUCUCCUCCGACAGCGAGGACGCAUUCAGGAAGUCAGCGGUAGAGCGAGCGAUGUGAAGGCGGACAAAAUGUGCUCCACGGAAAACAACGAGGAGCUACAAGCGACGUCCUCCGACCCAGCUCUUAUCCUGGAGCUGAAGACCAGGCGUCCUCCGUCGCUGGAGGGCCGGGCGGGAUGUGAGACCUGGAGCGUGGACUUCUCCCCGGACGGAGCCUGGUUCGCCUGGUCGAUGGGACACGGCAUCGUGUGGGUGGUCGCCUGGCCUCUCGACUCCGAAGACAGUCAGAAUGGAGACACCGACCGAGGAGACAAGAGCUUCAGUUGCGGUCACCCAGUUUGGGGCCUCGCCUUUGGACCCAGACCUCCAAAAUCAGUUGCAGCAGCACACACGGCUAAAACACCACCGAAAGAGAACAACAGCCUGCUCCUGGCCACAGGCUUGGAGAACGGGGUGAUCAAAAUCUGGAACGUGUUAACUGGUGAGGCUGUGUUUGAUCUCCAUGGCCAUGAGGGCGUUGUGAGGGACCUGGUCUUCCCUCAGAACGGGACCCUCACACUCAUAUCAUCUUCCCGGGACAAGACGUUGAGGAUCUGGGACCUGGCUCACAAAGGAAAGAAGGUGCACGUGCUUUCUGGACAUAAAGACUGGAUCAGCUGCUGCAGCGUAUCCUCAGACUGCAGCAUGAUCGCGUCUGUCGGCAGAUUUGACAGAAUGGUGUGUCUGUGGAGUCUGCGGUCGUAUACGUUCAUGAGGAACCUGACAGGAGGGACCCAUAAGACCUUGUACCUCCUGUCUUCCUGUGACUUCUCACCCGACGGCGCGCUGCUCGCCACCGCGGCCUUCAGCGGAUCCAGCUGGUGGAUCGACCUGUGGGACCCGUACACCGCAGAGAAGCUGGCCACUCUGGUCGACUACUUUGAAGAUUACGGGCAAAACCAAAUCUCAGCAAUACAGUUCUCCCCCAACGGUUUGUACUUGGCGAUCGUGACCGAUGACAGAGCUCUUCGGAUCUGGGAGCCGGGAAAGAAAGGGAUGGUGAUGCAGACCAAAGCGGACAGAGACUCUAAUGGACUCUGCUGCAACUACCAUCCACACGGGGGAGUGGUCGCCACGGGAACCAGAGACGGCCACGUAAGGUUCUGGAGGGCUCCCUGGACGGUGCCCAGCCUGUGCCACCUGUGCCGGUCCAUCCUGCGCCACUCGGUGUCCACGCACCAGAUGGAGCCGCUGCCCCUCCCCAAGAGGAUCCUCCAGUACCUCACCUACAGAAACAUCCCCGACCGCCUCAAGACCUGCUGCUCCUCAGACGAAGAGGAGUGGGAAGGCUGAAACGGAACGCUAACACAAUGCAACCACUGACAUUUACAGCGAGUGAUUGUUACCCACCCUCAUAAAAAGGAAAAAUGCUUUUGUUUGCCGACUGAGAUGCUUUCAAAGCCCGAUCCAGCACAGGAAGCAUCUCUCACUGUAAUCUACUUUAGAUGCAACAUUCCUACUCUAAAGAAUUCAUUUAUUGCACUACUACUGUAAGACCAAACAUAAACUCAAUGCUCACAUGCUUGACUUGAAUAUCACAAUUUUAUACUCUUAAUUUAUUGUGUAAAUAUAGAAUGUAUAUGUAUUUGUCAUUGCAAAAUAGCACAAUCACUACUACUGUAUCAGCACAUGUUAAUUGUAAACAAAAACUGGACUUAUAGGAAAUAGUUUUAUUAAACAGAUUCAAACA